AUGAUUGACGCUGCCAGUGCUCUCUUAAGUACCCUCGAUAUGGCUGUAGUGCCAUCCGCCACCGAAAAUGGCAAUGACGCCCCUCCCAAUAGCCAUGCCACGGGAGCCAAUAUUCCUGUUCACUUGCUUUCCGAUGGUCAACGGUCUGCUUUCGAGUUUUUCCUUGGCUUUUACGCGUUCACAUUUGUGAAUGCGACAGCUACUUUUGGUUUAACUCCACAGACUGCGAACAUGAUCCAUCGGAUUCCUUUCAUGUUUCCACCUCACGGGAAUAAACUCAAGUUUCUCCGCGGUUGCGAAGACUGGACAAUGCUCAUCAUUCUCGACAUUGUUAUUCUCAGGGAUUGGAAGGAGAAAGCGCUACAAGCUGGUAGGCUCAGCAUCCGAGAAUUGAAUUCUCGUGCUGCUCUUAUUGAGGAGAAGCUCCAGGAAGGAAUUACACGCAGCAGUCUCUCUAAAACCUCCGCCACGGCCGCUGAUGACAAUAACAGGCGGAGGUCUACGACGCCCUCUACUCCACCGACUCCUUCAUUGCCCUCUGAAAUAUUCGAGGAGGAAGUUCGCAUGAUGACCAGCUCUUUUAUUCACGGAGCAUUGGUAUUUCUCAACGUUGUGGUCUCCGGAUUCUACCCCAACAUUACUGAGAUUAAAUCCUCCGUACUCGAAACCCUCACGGCACUAGAGUACAUGCGCGCUCGCUCAGUGGUCAAUAUUCCUUCUUGGCCAUAUUUUGUUGCAGGAUGCUUAGCACAGGAGACAGAAUAUCCUCGAUUCCGUGCACUCGUCACACCAUUCGUGCCAGGAAAAGUUCCUUUGGUAAUGACUAUGUGGUCAUUGGAGGUUUUGGAAGAAUGCUGGAAGGUUAGAGCAUCUCAACCAGAAGAACAAGAGACCUGCAGCUGGGUCACUGCUAUGAAAAAUCGGGGCACCCGAUAUUUAUUGUUGUGA